AUGGCAACAGCAACAGCACAUUGUCCGGCAACUCGUCCAUCUUCAAGUGUCCCAUUUCCGCGUCGUGAAUGGAGUUCAGCAACGUUCGGCGUUCCUCAGCUCAACUGUCCCGGGGUGACGGUAAACGAGAUUACCUGGGGGUGCAAGAAGGCUACCGUGGCACUCAUCAGCAUUGUCGAUGGCCAGUCAACUUGGCGGGCGGCUGUUGAGCCGCCAACCCUCGUCCUAUUGGCACUGUGCGACUCCGCCCUCCUCAUGAACGAUAACGCGCGGUGCCCAAACCCUUUGCGUCCACGACCCAGGACACACGAGGCGUGGUACAACGAACGGCUCUUGGAUAUUGACAAACUGUAUGAGGCUGCCAAAGACCUCAUACCCGCGCCUGCUCUGCCGUCACUGGAUCUCUUCAAGUCCACAGCCUUGAAUGCCCUCCACAUCGGCUGGUUCCCUGGUGUCGACGCGUACGAGUUCUUGCCUGCCGCCAUCCAACCCAUCUUCCCGCGCUCGACAUUUGCUUCCUACGCUCCUGGCCCCUCCGACGCGGCAGCGUACGGCUUCUCGAUAUGGGAGGGCUCUGUCGACCCGUCGACCGAGGAGGACCUUGUGGAGCAGGCUGCCCGCCUCGCUAAAGAGCAUGGUUUUUCCGGCCAACGCAGAGCCGCCGCCCCAGUGUCCCUCUUGCAUGGUCUACCACCGAUCCGUCCGCCCUCCCCGCCGGCCCAGCUGCGUGGGUACCGACGUGUUGUGUAA